AAAAAUCACAAUUCAGUCCCGCAUUCAGAUUGUUAAAACCCGCAGCGGGCUGCUACCACCGUACCUGUUAGGGUUUUGUUAAAAGAAGUCGAAAGGCGUUGCGACGGUGAACGCAGCAGCAACUAGGGUUUGUGUGUUGGGAAUGGAGGAAGAGCAUGCAUCCCAGGUGGGUCGGUCUCUGAUCAAGCAGCUUGCGUGCUGCAACAAAACCACCAGAGAGAAAACCCUUCGCCUCCUCCUCAAAUCGUGGCUUCCUUCGCAGUCCCAACCCCUCUCAAACGACGACGCCAAGAAGCUAUGGAAGGGUCUUUUCUACUGCAUGUGGCACUCCGACAAGCCCCUCGUCCAAGCCGACCUCGUCGAUCGCUUGUCGUCUCUUCUCCUGUCCCUCCACCUCCCUCUCUCCGUCCAGUACUUUUCCAUCUUCCUUCUCACCAUGCGCCGCGAGUGGUCCGGAAUCGAUGCCCUGCGACUCGACAAGUUCUACCUUCUCAUCCGCAGGUUCGUCUCCAAGUUCUUCUCUCUACUGAAAACCAAUUCCUGGGAUCUGCAACUUGUGGAGAGCUUAAUGGGUGUUUUCGAUGAGGGGACUCUCUCCGCUCAGGAGAAUAAGGCCCACGGGAACGGUGUUAAUUACCACAUUGCCACUGUUUUUCUUGAGGAGCUUCGCCCUUUUCUACCGCUCAAGCAGCAGGUUCUGGAAGUGCUGUUGAAGCCUUUUAUUUCCGCUUUGGGGAGGGUCCACGAUAAGGUGUUGGUGGGGAAGAUUAGGUCUGGGGUGUUUGAUUUGUUGCUUAAGAAUGGGAAGGCGUUGUUGGGGGUUAAGAAGAGCGGGGGCGAGGUUGUUGACUCUAGUGACGAGGUUGUCGUUCUUGGAACUGUUGCCUUGACUAUGGGGUUUUCCGGGAGGUUAUAUGAAAUGGGUUCUUCUGCUGAGUGCUGGCAGGGAAAUAGGAAGGUGCUGUAUGCGCUGCAUUCUGAGUUUUUGAAGUUGGAGAAGGAGGCUGUGAAAUUGGGUGUUGAGUUUUCGAUUCCUGAUGUUGUUGAUGAAGAGGAAGUGCCAGAAUUGGUUCCACUAGGGCCCGCAGAGGUUGUUGGUAAUGGUGAGGUGUUGAAAAAGUGUGAGAAGGAUAAGGAGGUGAGUGUUAAUGGUGGCGAGAGUACGGAGAGGAGGAGGAAGAAGAAGAAGAAGGGUGAUUCGUCUGAUCUCGCUAGUGCUGAGCAGAGUGGGAAGGAGAAUGUGGCUAGUGAGAAUGGUGAUAAUGCUAAUGAUGGAAACGCGAUGGUGUUCAGUGAGACUGUCAUUGCUAACCUGCAAAAGCAGUUUGAGAAAGUGGCUGAGGAGACGGGUUUGGAUGAAGAAGAAGCUGCGAGUGUGUCUGAUUCGCCUGAGGUUGUGUCUCCUACCGGAAAAACUGUGUCUAAGAAGAGGAAGAGGACAAAGAGUUUGAAAGGGAAGGCCUCCCAGGAUUCUGCUGAUUUGAAUGGCGUUGUUGGUAAAGAGAGUGCCGUGGCAAAGAGUGGAGAAAAGAGUGCAAAGAAGGUAAGAUUUUCGAUGAAAAAUAACUUGGUGUGGAAACCACACAGUCCUUUACCUCCUCAGAGUUUGAGGUUGCCUCCCUCUGCGACACCCAGAGGAAGUGCACUCAAAAAGGGUGUGCCUCCUGGUCCCAUCAGGGAGAUGCCACCUCCUACCAAAAAGCAAAAAAUGAAGAAGGCCAGGAAGGCAAUUAAAGGUGUUUCUCCAUCUGUCAAACGCCUGAAGAAAUUAAAACUGCGUGCUGCAUGAAUGAUUUGUUUUCCGGAACCUUGUUAGGGUGUUAUGUUUCCAUGUCCUGUUUGUCAUACAGUUUUAGUUAUUGUUAUGAAAUUUUUGGAAGUUUAUUGUGAUAAUUCAUUUCUACUGCAUCAAUUGAAAAGCAAUUUGACUUGUAGUUUUUAA